GCCGCCCCGCUGCUGCUGCGCGCCCGCCCGCCCUGCUGGCGUUUUGUUGUGGUUCCUGCUGUUUUCUUUCUCUCUUUUUGCAGCCCCCCCAGGCUCUCAGACUCCCCCCCAACACCCCUGCUCCCCUCACCCGCUCCCCCCGCGCUACGAUCCUGGGGGGGCCACGCUCUCUUUCCCCCCCUCCCCACCCCCCCAGAGAGCAAGCUCCCUUCUCUCGCUUUUUUCUUCUUCCCCAAGUUGCAAAAUCAGAAAUGGCACAGGCGGCAGCCGGGAGCGGCGCGGGGCGCAGCGCCGGGGGCGGCGGGCAUGGGCCACGGCGCGCGCACACACUCGCCCUCCGCCUCGCCCGCACCCCCGCGCACACACACACUCGCACACACACUCUCUCACCCGCGCCCGGCGCCCGCCCGCCCGCAGGUCGCUCGGGCUACGCGCUGAGCGCGGGCAGAGCCGACAUAGAGGAAGCGGGCGAGGGCGGCAGCGGCGGCGGCGGCGGCGGCGGCGGAGGAGGUCGCGGCUGCAGGCGCCGCUGGAGACGCUGCCUCAGCUGCAACGGCGAACGCCGCUGGAGGAGCCGGGACCCUGGCCGGAGUCCGAGCUGGAGUCGGGGCCGCAGCCGGAGCGCGAGCCCGAGUCAGGGCCGCCCGCGCCGCCGCCGCUGUCCCGGCGGGAGCCCUCGCUGGGCUCAGGAUUGAGAAGAGCGCGGUGAGCCGAGCGGGGCGCGGUGCGAGGCUGCCCGAGAUGAUCAGGGAGCGCUGGUGUCGGGGGGCCAGGUCCAGGGCCGGACGCAGCCAGCCAUUCAGGAAGGCAGCGCUGGAGAGCGGGAGGCAGCCGGCGAGGAGGAUCACACACUUUGCUCUUUUUGUUGUGCGGGUGGCGCCCGGCUCUCACUGCCUUCUUCUUUCCGGAGGUGAUGGAAUGGGGAAAAAAUACGAGAUAAUUCACGCCGGCGAUGAAUUCACAGCGAAACAGAAAAAAUAAAAAUCAGAAGGAAAAAAAUUGCAAAACAAAAAAAUUUAAAAGGCGAGAGAGACAUCCAAAGUAGGUCGAAUAAAUAAUCCUCUUCUUUUCCUCUUUCUUGCUCCUUCUUCUGCUUCUUCUGCUAUAACACACAGAGCUAGUUAAAAAAACCCUGGAGAUCGCCCAAAAAUGUUCUUUUUUUAGUAUUUUAAAUAAGUGCUCUUCAGCCGGGAACCAACACCCUCCCUCCAAAAAAAAUCAUAUAUGUAUAAAAUAACGAUAAGAAGAAUACGAAAGGGGUGCCUCCUCCUUUUUUUUUUUUUUUUUUCAAGUUUAGCCCUCUCUCUUCUGCAGGAAUGGAGUAAAAGAGACAGGAGGAGGGAGAAAAGGAGAGACAGAAGAAGAAUUGGGGGAAACAACUAAUAGAAUAUGUAAGAAAAGAGAAAGGGGAGAGAAGAGAGCGAGGGAGAGAAGAGAGAUUGAGAGAUUGAGAGAGAGAGGGAGAGAGAGAGAGAGAGAGAGAGAGAGAGAGAGGCAGAGGAGGGAGGAGGAGGAAGAGAAGGAGGAGGAGGAGAAGGAGGAGGAGGAGGUGAAGGAGGAGGAGGAGAGAGAGAGAAAAGAGAGAGGAGAGAAGAGAGAGACCCCAAAAUUGAAUGCGUUUAAACGGGAGGACUCGCAGAGCAAUGUUUCCGAAAGGGGGAUCUGCGCGAAUGUCUGUAUAUAGUGAACUUUGACACUACUAUUGAAACUGACACGUUUCUAUGGAGAUCGCUGCCUUAUAUGGAGCUCGUGUCAAGGAGCCAGGAGAAGGGCUGCUGGCAACUGAUAAUCAAAGGCGACUGACUGGUCAGAGCCCUGAAUGGGGCGGGGGUGGGGGGGAGAAAAUGGGAGGCUAAGGUUAGCCAAGCCUCCCGCACGCCAUUGGUUGGAGAGCCCCUCCCCCUCCUCUUUUUCUUUCUUUCUUUUUUUUUCCCCCUCCCUCUUAGCUACCUACUGACGGGGAUGGCAGGGGAGGAGGAGAGAAAGUGAGGGAGGGGGGUAUGCUUCUGACAAGCGCAAUUUACAUUGAGAUCGCCCUGCGCUGCUAUUUACUCUGAGACCUGAUUAGUAUGGGUCGUCUAUGGUCACACACACACACACACACACACACACACACACAAGAAUACAUACCAGAGGGGGAAGGGAUAGCGAGGGGGAGAAUGCCUUGCAAUGUGCAAAAAGAGAAUUAGAAGGAAAUCAUUUUUGUUUUCUGAAAAGUUUUUAAAAUUAGGUUUUAUGAGCGUGAAGAGAGUGUCAUUGAAAAUAUUAGGAAUUUUUUUCAUGGGAAUUUAACUCUCACCAUUUUAAUGAUUCGUGAAGUACACUGGGUUUGGAUUGUUUUCUUCUUUCACAUAUAAGCAUAAUCCAAGUGCGGAUUGUGCUCAUUUUAUAUCCUUUAAAAAAAGGAGGUAGGGAUUCCCUAUAUUUUGGUUCUAAAUAUAUCUUGGUUUUAAAGGUUUAAUUACAACACAACACAGUCCUGGAAUUUGCAGCUAUGGCCACGAGAUCAAUCCAAAUUCAACGGUUUCUAUUGAUCCCAGAGAUAAUUUUAAAAAUAAACUUUCCAAUCUGAUUCUUUCUUUUUUCUUUCUUUUCCCCUUUAGUAUCCCCAGGCUGUUUCCAAACUCAAAACAACACUUUAAUAAUUAUUAAGAAAACAGUAGUAAGUCCUCAUAUUAUUGGCUGGGGGGAGAUUAGUGCAGCCAAGUCAGAGUCCCAGGAAAAGGGAAAAGGGACUAGUGAACAAGAAGGGAAGUAGAUGGGAGAUAGGGAAAGGUGGGGGAGAGGGUUAAGGA